GCAACGCUUCCAAACUCCUAACCUAACCGGUGUAACCGUGUAAUUGUUUGUGACUCUGCGAACGUCCACGGAAGUAAAUAAUACGUACAGCAUAUAAUAAAUUAAGGGUUCUGCUAAGGGGAAAACUCAUCCGAUUCCUGAAAACCAAAAGUAGAAUCUGUUCUGAUUCUCAAUCGACAUGCGUAUCACGGAAAUUCUUUAUAAGGAAUUGAUUAGAGUUCAUAAUAUCCCUUACCGAUACCGUGGGAAAUAUCGUAUCGAAAAGAAACCAACCUACAAAGAUAUAUUGGAUUAUAAGAAGGACCUUGAAAGAGAAGAACAAAAUAUGUUGUUGCUAAGACACCCGUACCUUACCUUCGAACAGUCCUGUGGUCAUAUGGCUGAGAAAAAGAAAGACAUACGACUGAACAAACUAAACAUGUGGCAAGAAACGGCAAAUGCAAGGUUCAAUAAACGAAUUACUAUACAGGAUCGAUUAAGACAUUACAUGAUAUGCGAACCUUGGGAAUAAUCAAUAUAUAUAUUAUAAAGAAUAAUAUCUUGUUGUCUCUGUACAAAUAAAUGUUUAGUUCACAACAAUGAUUAGGAUAAUGUUUGUUAUACGUUAGACUCGAGGUUGUAAGAAAUGUUCAGUAUCCGUUAUCUACGAAGUAGAUAAAUUGAAGCAAAAUUACAUAACCAAAAUAACGAGUCGAAGUAUAAAAUACUGGAAAUACAUCUUAAAAUUUAACGUA